AGAAGAAAACUGGACCCAAACAAACCUCCUACCGACGUGCACAUGCGCGGCGCAGCUUUUCACUGUUAUACGGUGUUUUUGACGUCCGCAGGUACGAAGCCGGUCCGCUGUAACCCUUUAAAAUGACGUUGAGAUGUUUUCGGUGUCUGUCGGCGGUCAGAAACCUGCCGGUUCAACUCCAGCUGAGCGACACGAGACGCUGCUCAACGGCUCAGGGUGACGUGAGGGUCAGGUUUGCACCCAGCCCGACAGGUUUCUUGCACCUCGGAGGCCUCCGAACGGCGCUCUACAACUACAUCUUUGCCAAGAAGUAUGGCGGCUCGUUCAUCCUGCGCCUGGAGGACACGGAUCAGAGUCGGCUGGUACCUGGCGCUGCGGAGUCCAUCGAGGACAUGCUGGAGUGGGCCGGUGUACCUCCAGAUGAGAGUCCUCGUCGAGGGGGCUCGGUCCGUCCAUACCUGCAGUCUCAGAGGCUGGACCUCUACAGGCAGGCGGCCCAGCGGCUCGUCGAGGGCGAUCACGCCUACUACUGUUUCUGCAGCUCCCAGAGACUCAACCUGCUAAAGAAGGAGGCCUUAAGGACGGGACAGACACCGAGGUAUGACAACAGGUGUCGUCACCUCCGGGCCGGGCAGACCCAGGAGAAACUGGCUCAGGGAGUGCCGCAUGUGAUCCGGUUUCGUCUGGAUCCAGGUGUCGAGCCUUUUCAGGAUCUGAUCUUCGGACGGAAUCAUCACGAGGUGGCCCAGGUGGAGGGUGACCCCGUAGUGAUGAAAGCCGACGGUUUCCCCACCUAUCACCUCGCUAACGUAGUAGACGAUCACCACAUGAGGAUCAGCCACGUGCUGCGGGGGUCCGAGUGGCUCAUCUCCACCUCCAAACAUCUCCUCAUGUACCGGGCCCUCGGGUGGCAGCCGCCCGCCUUCGGACACCUGCCGCUCCUGAUGAACAAAGACGGCACCAAGCUGUCCAAGAGGCAGGGCGACAUUUUCAUUCAAAGCUUCCAGAGAGACGGAGUCCUGCCCGAGGCCCUGCUGGACAUCACCACCAACUGUGGGUCCGGGUUCAACACCAAUCGGAUUGGACGGAGGGUAGACGAACUGAUCUCCGAGUUUAAUCCUUCAAAGAUCACGACGCAUUCUGCUCUGUUAGACCUGGACAAACUACCAGAGUUCAACAGAAUUCACCUGCAGCGGCGUAUUGAAGACGAGGAGCAGUGUCGUCUGUUGGUAAAGGAUCUGCAGGCACAGGUCCGGCAGACCUGCACAGCAGAGAUCCAGGAGGAGGAAGUGCUCCACGAGGAUUAUAUCAGGCGGGUGCUGCGUCUUCGUAAGGGUCACAUAUCCUCUCUUAAGGAGCUUGCGAGUCCUGCUUACUCUUACCUGUGGGUCCGUCCUUCCGUCUCCAGCCAGCAGGUGGCGGCGCUCACCCCAGAGGCCCAGCACAUUGCUUUCUUAGUGCUCAAAUUAAUAGCGCAGCGAGAUGGGGAGCUGGCAGUGGAUCUCCUCACUAAAGAUCUGAAGACUCUGGCCAAGCAGGCCAAAGCCACCAAAUACAGUGACGUGAUGAAGCUGUUGCGUCUGGCUCUCAGCGGUCUGCAGCAGGGGCCCAGUGUAGCCGAGAUGAUGGUCUCUCUGGGGCCCGCGGAGAUCAGCCAUCGAGUCCAGAAACUUGUGCUGCUGUCGGAGACGAGUUGAAGACGGACCGGCUCCGGUUAGUCGUGGCCAGUAUGUUGAGAGUUACCGUGAAACCACCUGGAUGAUUCGGCCAAAAGCUAACCCAUUCGAAGAGGACUGCACUCCACUGAUUUUUAAGUUAACUUGAAUAAUUAUGAAUAUUUUAUAAAAACGGAUGAAAACUGA